CCGAGGCUCCGCGCCGCUAGGCGGUCGGUCGUAGCUCCUGGGACUGCCGGCCCGGCAGCUAGCGGCAUGCCGGAGAAGCGGCUCUUCGCGGAGCCGCCAGAUAUUACAGAAGAAGAAUUUGAAAAUUGUUUGGCAACAGACGACUUCCUUGUGGAUUACUUUAAUGAGUUCUUAAGCCUUCCUACCUUUUCAGAGGCGAUUAGAUUUAAUGUGGACUAUGGAGUGUUUGAAGUAGUUAAUGAGGCACCACAACUUCUGGAAAAGCAACUGAAAAAAAUUCUGCAAAACCAGCAACCUCGAAACCCCAUCUAUGAAGUUAUAAGGAAAGGGAAAAGUGAUGCUAAGCCUUUUCAGAAGAGUGUCCCCUGUGAAGAUGAGGCCAUUAAUAUCAGCUACACCAUCAUGUGUCUCAACCGUGAAGAAGGUAUUAAGUGGAUCAAAAGAAAACGACUUCCAGCAUUUCUGGAAAGUGACUGCUACUUUGAAUACAGGUUAGCCAAGUUGAUCUCACAAGCAACAUGGAGCAACUCAGGUAUAAAUUUCAUAGUAGGUACAAACCUUUCCCCCUGGAUCCUGAGAAAACCACACACUCCACCUCUUUCCACCACCGAAGAGGAAGAUCUCUUGAUUAUGAAAAAGUUCUACGUUUCUCUUGGCCAGGCCUCCUAUACUCAAACAAAAGACUGGUUUACACUAGCAAAGCAAAGUCAGAAAACAGUAACGACUUUUUCAUUGCCUUGCUCUGGACCCCACCAAAAAAUUGCAUCCCCAGCUGUUUCCGAGACUUUUAUCUUUGAUGAUGGAGUUCACCCCAGGAGAGCAAAAAGCCCAUCUAAAACCACUACAAUAAUUCCCGAGAUGGAAGAAGAAGAAGAAGGGUCUGUAUCAGUAAAAGACACACCUUCUCAAGCUCUUCUGAGAAUCUACCUUGAAAAGAAGGACGACCAGGACAGGAACCUGAUAGUGCAUUUCUCAUCGGUUGAAGAAUUCCUAAACACCUAUAUACUCUUUAUCUUGAAGGAAGCCAUUGAGCACAUCAGUGGCCAUUCCUUUAGUAACAGUCCAGGCUAUAUCAACUUCUACAACGUAUCCCAAGUGGCAUUUGAUAUUGCCAAGCCUGUGCCUAUCAGGAAAGUCGUAAGUUCUCCCCAUGUUGAAACCGUAAAGGAAAUGUCAGAAGAUAAAUUGGAAACAGUAAGUUUAAGUUCAAAGAGUGAGAGUGUUGGGCCCGAGAGCAGGGCUGACUGGUGCAUUUCUCACAGAACCUAUGACAUUGGCAACAGAAGGGAAUUUGAAAGAUUUAAGAAGUUUUUAAAGGGCACAUUAGGGGAAAGAUACUGGUGGCUGUGGAUGGACAUCGAGAGGUUAAAAGUUCUUAAGGAACCUGAUAGACAUCAAAGACAUCUUGAGAAAAUGAAAAAAUGCUACCUUGUGAGCAGUGGGGAGCGUUACCUUUCUACAGAAAUCUUGUCUAAGUUUAAACUGCUACAUGGAUCCCGGUGGACAGAAGAACAUUUGAAAAACAUUCAGACUGAGGUACUAAAACCUCUGCUUCUGUACUGGGCACCAAGAUUUUGUGUUACUCAUUCGUCUUCAACAAAAAAUGCUAGUGCUGAACUGAAAUUCUGGCGCCUUCGUCAAGAGAAACCAAGGAAGGAUAUUGACCCUUUCCCACAGAUAGCAACCCUCCUGCCAUUAAGACCAAAGUCUUGCAUUCCACAGACCCCUGAGGUCCAGGGAGAAGAAAUCGGUUUAUUUCAGCCAUCUAAAUCUCCUAAGAAAUUAUCAAAAGUAAUCCAAGAGACUAAAAAAUUUGGGAGAAGUGAGUCUUUGCAUCCAGUUUCUUAUAAAGAUAAUGGAUUUGAGAAAGGGUCAAAGUGGUUACCAGAGGCCACCACAGUGGUCCGUUUGACAUCUUUUACUGACAUCUCUGAAUGUCUGAAGCCCCAGCUGGACAGAAAAUAUACUUAUACAGAAGAACUUAAUGUUAAAACUGUGUCAGAUGUUGGAGCUUUGAGAGGAUAUGACAUGGAAAACUUGUUACAAUCUUUGUAUGUAGAAAAUAGAGCUGGAUUCUUCUUUACUAAGUUCUGCGAGAAUUCGGGAAACAAGCUGUGGAAGCACAGUGUGUACUUUUGGUUUGACCUACAGUCUUAUCAUCAGCUAUUCUACCAAGAAACGCUUCAGCCUUUUAAAGUGUGCAAGCAAGCACAAUUUCUUUUUGCCACAUAUAUUGCUCCAUCAGCCACUCUGGAUAUUGGACUCCAACCAGAAGGAAAGAAAGACAUUUACAUGAGAAUACAGCCACCAUUUGAAGACCUUUUUGACACAGCAGAAGAGUAUAUCCUUCUCAUCCUUCUGGAACCCUGGACACAGAUGGUGAUGUUAGACCAGAUGGCUUACAGAAAGGUGGAACUACAGGAAGAGACUCGGCAGCUAGAUUCUACAUCCUUCAGACGGCUACGUGCUUUGCAUAAAGAAACAGUUUCCAAGAAGGCUGAGGACACCACUGCAACUGCCAUGCUGUCGCUCUCUGAUAUCUCCAAACAAACAGAAUAUUGGAGUAAUGUUCCCGAGGAAUACAAGCAUUUUACCUUUAAUGAUCUACUUAACAACAAACUGGAAUUUGAACAUUUCCGCCAGUUUCUAGAAUCUCAUUCUUCAAGCAUUGACCUUAUGUGUUGGAUAGAUAUCGAACAGUUCCGAAGAAUCCUUUUUAAAGACCAAAGCCAAAGAGAAAAAAAGUCUAUAUACAUUAAAAACACAUAUCUUAAUAAAAAAUAUUUCUUUGGACCCAGAAGUCCAGCUUCUUUGUAUCAACAGAACCAGAUAAUGCUUAUGAGUGGUGGCUGGGGCAGAAUCCUUCACGAGCAGCUCGACGCAUCUGUGCUGGUCGAAAUCCAGAAGCACGUCUUAAAUAGGCUGGAAAAUGUGUGGCUGCCAUUGUUCCUCUCCAGUGAACAGUUCGCAUCACGUCAGAAGAUAAAGAUACGGAUGAAAGAUAUAGCGGAUGAGCUUUUACAGCAGAGGCAUGACAGGAAAAUCGGAAUUUGGAAGCCUGUGGCGAGUAAGUGGAUCUCUUCAUCCUGUGAGAUUAUUGCUUUUCGUAAAGCAUUAUUGAAUCCAGUCAUAGCAAGGCAAUUUCAACGAUUUGUGGCCCUGAAAGGAGAUUUAUUGGAAAAUGGAGUACUUUUUUGGCAAGAAGUACAAAAGUUUAAGGAUCUGUGCCACUCACAUUGUGAAGACUCUGUCAUUCAGAAGAAGAUCACAACCAUCAUCAACUGCUUCCUUAACUCCUGUAUCCCACCAGCUCUACAGAUAGAUGUUCCAGCUGAGCAAGCUCAGAAGAUUAUUGAACACAGGAAGGAGCUGGGGCCGUAUGUGUUCCGAGAGGCACAGAUAACAAUUUUUGGGGUUCUGUUUAAGUUUUGGCCACAAUUUUGUGAGUUUAGGAAGAAUUUAACUGAUGAAAAAAUUAUGAGUGUUUUAGAGAGAAGACAAGAAUAUAAGCAGAAACGGAAAAUGUCAGAGUCAGAGGAAGAGAAGAUUGGAAAGCCUGGAAUCAAACAGUAUGCAAGUGCUACAGGCUCUCUUACAAAAACUGCUUUAGCCAGUGAGUCCUUACUAGGUCUACAAGCCUAUGGCCGACAGCCAACCUGGUGCUAUUCAAAGUACAUAGAAGCACUGGAACAAGAGCGGAUUCUUCUGAAAAUUCAGGAAGAAAUGGAAAGGAAGAUGUUCACAGGGUAGCAGCCUUUGAGUCCGUGUCUACACCCUGCUGCUGAUAGGUACAAGGUAAGGCUUGCUGUGAGGCUUCCUUUGACUCCACACCCUCCCCUACAGGCAAACCUGCGCAGACUCAAACCGCACGUCUCCCACUCUCCCAUGCCUCACUACCAAAGAAAAGGGUAGAAGAGCUUGUCUUCUGAUUGACAAACAGUACGCUCUCUCAAGAAAAGAUGCCUCUAGGGGAGAAUGGCAAGCUUCCUAAGCUCCCCCAAGCUUCAGUGUGUGAAAGGCCCAAACACCCAGCUGAGUCCGUCUCCGUGCAUACACUGAUGAACUGUAGGAUUCUGAUUGGAUUCUAAUUCUAAUGUGGAAGCGAUUGUGUGAGCGCAGCCAAUGAAGGCACCUUCUCUGUCCUCUGUCUUACCUGGUUUCCCAGAAUCCUUUUCCCCAGCUCUUGGGGGCUGGAAGCGGGCUGGGGCGGCAGUGUUGGUGGUAAGCACUCCCCGGGCUGCUAAUCUUAUUUUCCUUCAAGUUAGCCUACCCCCGUCCCGCCUCAUAGCUUCACUACGUAAUGCCCUGAACUCUUAAGAUAUGUUUUGUUCGUUUGUCAG